CGAAUUGCGCCUGCGCAGGGAAAUAUUUUUUUGAACUGAAGGGCGGCUUCUGAGGAGGAAGUAUUUUGACGGCGCUGGUUUUGACGGCGCGAGCUGGGGAAGGAGCAAAAGAAAAAAAUGAAGAGAAGCAGGAGUUCAGAACAAACUUUGCCAGCUACUGGUAGUAAACAAACCAGAAGUGUCACAAAGCCUGAAGAGAUAGAAGAUGACCGACUUUCCAUUGAAGAAGCCUUGAACUGUUUGAAUAAAAUUAAAGGUAGUGCCUCAAAAAAGAAUAGAGCUUUGCAGGGUCCUUUGAAGACUGUGGAAAAGAUUGCACAAGAGAGAGGCUUGGCACCAGAAGAAAUUCAUAACUUGCUGAACAUCGCACUCAGUGGCAAGCUUGGUACAGUGAUAAGCAAUAGGCUACUGAAGAAUCUGAUUCCCAUUUCCGUAAUAACAGGGGAUUCUGUUAUUUCAGCUGUGUCUUGGCUCUGUGCUCGCAAGUGUUCUAGUGACAUUCAGGUGCUCGUUCUAAAAUGGCUAAUUGUAAUGUUUGACUUCAUUGACCAGAAGGAAAAUAUUAAUGCUCUCUAUGGUUUCUUCUUCAGCUUCUUACGAUAUGACAAAUUGCUCCCCUUUGCCUGUCAUGUGCUGUGUUUGCUGACCAGAAUGGAGAGUGUGAAACCUUUCCAUGUGAGGAAACUUCUAAAUUUACACGGCAGCAUGAACUGUGUAAAGGAAAAGCUCAGGGAGUCUCAGGCAGGAGUUGAUCAAACAAAAAAAGAUUUAUUUCCAGAAAAAGAGUUUGGUGAAAGAAAGUUGAGACAGGAGAUGGCCCAUCUUCAGACAUCAGCUUCUCUGCAGACUCUGCUAUGGAAGUACAAGAUCUUUGCUCCUGAAAUGGUAACAAUAACUUUGCCUACAAAAACAAAGAUGUCAUUUAGGACUUUUUCACAUCCAUGGAAAACAGCAAUUGACAACGUAAAACUGCGAAUUCACGGAACACCAUCUGCAUCCCAGCUAACUUUGAAAUGCAUGGAGUAUCCCCAAUCUCAGAAGAAGGAAAGGAAUACAAAGUUGAUUCCGCCUGUAUGCAGCUCCAAUGCAGAAAGCUUAGCUGAGAGUGAAAAGCAUAAAUUCUUUUCGUUGGAACAGCUGCAGACCUUCCCCCAGCUUCUGCAGAAUAUUCAAUAUUUAGAGCCUCCAGCCCAAAUAGGCUCGGUGAUAGGCAAUCCUCUGUUGCUCCACUACUUCAGCCUCAAAGAUAAAUCGGUCUCUAGGAGGAUGCAUUACUGGAUGGGUCAUACAUUAAAAGAAGGAUGCUCUUGGUAUAAGAUGACGAACCAGGAAGAUGAAUUGAACUUUAAGGUCUUCUUAGAGGAAGUCUUCAAAGCAGAGUGUUUCUUGCAGAGGGGUUUCUUGGCCUGCGAAGAAUUCUUGUGGAAGAGUCUGCACUUCUGGGAUGGCUGCUGCUGUCAGUCACAGGUCCUGCAGCUGGUGAGAUGGAUCUCUCCCAACAGCUUCUCAGAAAUGAAGACGUAUCUCUACCAGCCAUUGUUGAAGCUUUUUUCCAUAUCAUCUCUUUAUUUUAAGUAUGAAGUUCUUGAAAGCCUAAGGGAACUGUUACUGAACAUGCUGAAUUGCCACAUGCAAGCAGACAUGGCAACAGAAUCAAAUGCUGAUGUGUUGAACACCACCCAAGUUGACCUGAUAAGCUCCUUGGCAGAGCUCAUUCACUUUGUAAACAGGCUCUCAACUGUUGGUCUGUGCUUGGAGAACAACUCUGCUUUGUUGAUGAAUGUUAUCCUGGAUUUCUAUGAGACAGUAUCUGAUAUAUAUCUGAAGUACAAGCUCCCCUUGGUUAUUAUGCUUCCUACUGGAGUCUUCUAUCCAGCACUUCUCAGCAUGAAUUCUGCCACACUUGACCAACUCUGCUACAUUAUGUACAGGUAUCGAAUCAACCUGGUGGCUGCAAAACAAAAACCCGAGAUUAAAAAGUUCAAGUUCAGCCACCAGAUUUGCCAGGAAUACAACCGAUACCUAUCAACCAUAGUUGGGUAUCUGUGGACCUCACAAGCAUUCCAGGAGUCCCCCUGCCCUCAGGGGAUUCAGCUGGACCCAGAAGUGCUGGAGAUGACAAGGGUGAAGAACCACAGGAAGGGCUUCAAUGUAGUUUUCCACCCUGCACUGAUGGGAUAUGCUAUGCUCUUCUUGAAGAAGAUGCAACCAGAGGACACAACCCUGAACUUCAAAUUCAUUCGGGGGGCAAGGUGGGGAUGGUACCAGGAAUUUCUCUACUCCCAAGGAUUACAAGGCUUGAAGCUUUUCAUCGAAAGUAGCAUUUGCCAUGCUCCUCAAGAGAAAGUAAGGCAUUAAUGGAAACAAUAGAUUGAUUCUUACAGUCUAUUAUGAACUAUCAAGCUAUUCUUCAGAAAAUAAGAGGAAUAUUUUUUAAAAAAUAUGUAUUUAUUUAAAGAUUUUAAUGAGUAACAAAAGUGCAUUUUAAUGAGUAACAAAACUGUUUUCAGACACCAUGAUAAUUUCCGGUCUGUGACCAUAAUAAAUCAAUUCAAUUCAACAUUGUGAUAUAUCAAAAUAUUGUGAUGUUUAGCUGGUGAUUUAUCGUGAUGUUGAAAACUUGUAUGUUUUUAAGGAAAGGGCUGCUGCUGUGUAGUUUUUACUGUAAUAAUCUGUAUGUUUUAAAUAAAUAGUGUGUAUGCGUGUUUUA